AUGAGCAAGGUGCUGGUGAUCCAGGGCGCAGGAAUGAACAUGCGCGGCAAAUCGCAGGUCGAGAUUUUUGGAUCAGCGACCUUAGAGGAAAUCGACGAGCAGAUCAAGGGUUACGCCGAGGGUCUGGGCAUCGACGUAGAGCUGUUCCACUCGAACAUCGAGGGCGAGGUGGUUAACGCGCUUUACGACGCUCAUGAUCGAGACUUCGACGCGUGCCUCAUAAACCCGGCGGGCUACACCACGGUGGCAGGCCCUCUGCGAAGCGCCAUUACGCAGGUCAAGUUCCCAGUUUUCGAGGUACACGUGUCAAACCCAACUUCAAGAGGAACCGUCUCUCAGGUCUUACCGGUGUGCAAGGGGGCGGUGUACGGAUGUGGGAUCUACGGCUACAGGCUGGCUCUUGAGGCAGUGCAGCAACUAGGUUAA